AUGUCUGCGGACGAUCAGGCUUUUCUGGACGUGUUAUCGUCCCUACCCGGUGAUAUCAAGCGAUACUCUGAAGAUGUCGCCCACAUCGUAAAUGACAACGUCGACAAGAUUGCCGAGUCCGUAAGAUACACCCUCGCAAACUCGCAAUGGGUACCAGAACAGAUCCGUCCUCGGCUGCCGCCGCCAGCGCCUCUAGCCGAGGCAUCGAUCUCGCUCUACGACCGAGUUGAGGGCUGGGUAUUGCGGAACAAAGUCCUCACCACCGCCAUUGUCCUGGCCACCGGCACCGUUCUAUAUCGGUCAUACACAGUCAACGCCUACCUCAGGAAGACGAGGCGGGCACGGCGGGCACGCAGCGGAGGGCGUAUGGAUGUUGUUGUCAUUGCGGGAUCGCCAAACCUGCCGUUGACCCGGUCGGUAGCGCUGGAUCUGGAAAGGAAAGGCUUCGUCGUCUUUAUCGUAUCAAGUGGACCAGAGGACGAUGUUUCUAUUCAGAAUCUAGCACGUCCGGAUAUCCGACCUCUGGGCGUCGACACCACCGAUCCUCUCAGCGCCAGCGCUUCCAUCGAGCGUUUCGCUGCCUACCUCCAGUCACCCCACGCGGCAGUGCCCAACGGCAAGCGACAUCGGUUGCACCUCAAGGCCGCUUCGCAAAUCUCUUUCAACACACACCUCCUCCACCCUAUCAUAACCCUCCAGGCCUUCCUCCCUCUACUUACUGCUCGCCUGGGCCCUACCCCCUCAGCCGAGUCAUCAUUCGAAAAGCCCGACAAGAAAAAAGACAGCCCUAAGAUCAUUGUCUGCACGCCCUCCAUCAUCUCCUCCAUCAACCCGCCCUUCCACGCCCCCGAGGCGACCGUCUGCUCCGCCCUCUCCGCAUUCACCGAAGUGCUGACCGCCGAGCUCCGCCCGCUCGCCAUCCCCGUCACCCACAUCCAGCUCGGCACCUUCGACUUCGCCGGCUUCUCGCCCGCCUCGACGGCCCGCGAACACUGGCAGGAGCGCAACCCCCAGGGCCUCCCGCUGCGCGCGCUCGAAGCGAACCCCCAGGACGCCGAGGCCCUCCUGCCCUGGCCUGACUCAGCCCGCCACGCGUACGGCAAGAACUUUGUCAGCCAGUCGAGCUCGGCCAUCAGCGCGGGCCGCAUCCGCGGGAUGCGCGGCAGCUCGCUAAGGGAGCUGCAUAAUGCUGUUUUUGACGUGAUUGACGGGUCUAUCACCAAGGGCACUGUCCGCGUUGGCCUCGGUGCGAGCGUGUAUGGUUUUGUCGGACGCUGGGUGCCGCGCGGGCUGGUGGCGUGGAUGAUGGGUAUUAGAAAGGUGGACGAGUUGGCUGCGUGGCAGUCGAGUCAUAGCUCGUUUAACAGCCCAAGGUCGGGUGGCUCGGUGAGGUCUAUGGGAAGCGAGAAUGGAGAUAAAGAUGAGGGGACGGGGGCCCGUACGUCGAAUGAGUCUUAUGUUGCGGUGCCGAUGGAGUGA